AUGGAAAUCCAUCUGUGAAGGAAGAAAUAGAUGCUCGCUCUCUCUCUCUCUCUCUGACACACACACACACACACACACACUGUCAGUGAUGUCAUUUGCCAGAAGGUAAAGAAGCAGAUGAGGCAAGUGGAGGGUAGUGCCUGCUAAAGGCGUUUUGACAGCUACAUCGUUCCUGAUCCUCUCCUGUGCAGAGCUCGAAGGGACAGACAGAUUGCGCGAUGCGCCACAUUCAGACGGGCGGCUGCACGGAAAAUGGUGGCGCUUAAUUCAACAGCCGGCUGAUAACCACUCCUUCUAUUAUUUUUUCCUUUAUACUUACGCCUGGAGACAAGGGUAUUUGUGGCGUUUGACCAUGAAUCCGGCAGAACAGACGGUUACAUGGCUCAUAACGCUUGGUGUUAUGGAGUCUCCGAAGAAGAGCGUGUCGGACCCGGCCGCGUUUCUGCAGCGCGCGCUGAAGGACGGAGUCGUGCUCUGCAAGCUGAUCGAGCGCCUGCGCCCCGGUACCACCGAGCAAGUUUUUCAGGAGCCCAAAAACGACAGCGAGUGUCUGAGCAACAUAAAGGAGUUCCUCAAAGGCUGCGCUGCGUUUCGUGUCGAGCCGUUUGAGGCAAGUGACCUGCUGCAAGGUCUGAACUUCAGCAAAGUUCUCACCACAUUGGUGGCACUCAACAAAGUGACUGCAGACAUUGGAAUUGGAAGUGAUUCUGUAUGUACUCGUCACUCUACUGCCCAUCGCAUCAAGUCCUUUGAAUCUCUGGUCUCACAGACUUCACUGGGUCGAUCGUCCAAACUUCUCCAUAACCAGUUCCGAAGCUUGGAUAUGACAGAGAAUAGUAACACCCAGUUGGUGGUGAAAGCUCGCUUCAACUUCCAGCAGACCAACGAGGAUGAGCUCUCCUUCAACAAGGGGGACAUCAUUACCGUCACCCGCACGGAGGAGGGGGGAUGGUGGGAGGGCAACAUUAAUGGAAAGACUGGCUGGUUUCCAAGCAACUAUGUCAGAGAGGUUAAAGACAAACAAGUUUCCCCCAAAUCUGGAACACUUAAAAGCCCCCCUAAAGGCUUUGACACGACUGCUCUUAGCAAAACCUACUACAACCUGGUACUACAGAACAUUUUAGAAACGGAGACUGAAUACUCAAAGGAGCUUCAGAAUCUUUUGACCAAUUACCUGAGGCCACUACAGAACACAGAAAAACUUAGCUCGGCAGAUGUCAGUGUUAUCAUGGGGAACCUCGAGGAAAUCAGUACUUUCCAACAAACUCUUGUACAGUCACUGGAGGAUUGCACAAAACUUCCAGAGCUUCAGCAGAAAAUCGGGGGCUUUUUCUUAAACCUUAUGCCCAAAAUGAGAGCACUGUAUACAGGUUACUGCUCAAACCAUCCAUCAGCUGUUAACGUUCUCACUGAUCACAGUGAGGAGCUAGGUGACUUCAUGGAGAGUAGAGGAGCAGGUUCUCCAGGCAUCCUCACUUUGACCACAGGCCUUAGUAAACCUUUCAUGAGACUAGAUAAAUAUCCAACUUUACUUAAAGAACUAGAGAGACACAUGGAGGAGGGUCAUCCAGAUCGGCCUGAAAUUCAGAAGUGCAUGACUGCAUUUAAGAAUCUUUCUGCGCAGUGUCAGGAGGUGCGGAAACGGAAGGAGCUGGAGCUGCAGAUUCUUACGGAAUCCAUUCGUUUGUGGGAGGGUGAAGACAUCAAGACAUUUGGUUCUGUGAUUUACAUGAGCCAGGCCAUGGUACAGAACCAAGGCUGUGAGGAAAGGAACGAACGUUACCUCAUGCUUUUCCCUCAUGUUCUACUUAUCCUCUCAGCCAGUCCAAGAAUGAGUGGCUUCAUCUACCAGGGUAAGCUGCCUUUAAGUGGAAUGACAGUAACUCCCUUAGAGGACAAUGAAAGCCACAAAAAUGCUUUUGAACUCUCAGGAUGCAUGUUUGAGAGGCUGCAAGUUAUCUGCUUUAAUAAGCAUGAUCAACAGGAUUGGCUGGAGCACCUGAACCGCCAGACCAAACACACCACCAUGACUGCCCCAAGCAUGAAGCCACUCACAGUCCCUUGUCACACGCUUCCCUCUCACCCUUUAACUCCGUCCAGGCACGCAGAAAGCCGAGGCCUAACCGUGGCUCCUGCCUACCACACGCUUCCUCACUCCUCCUCUCAUGGAGCUCCACACAGCACUGUAAUGUGGGGGCCCCUGGAACCUCCCAAAACCCAAAAACCUUGGAGUCUGAGUUGCCUAAGGCCAGCUCCCCCACUCAGACCAUCAGCUGCUCUCUGCUAUAAAGAGGAUCUUAGUAAAAGCCCAAAAAGCAUGAAGAAGCUGCUGCCCAAACGGAAACCUGAAAGGAAGCCGUCUGAUGAGGAGUUUGCAUUAAGAAAAAGUACGGUUGCACUAGAAGAGGAUGCUCAGAUCCUGAAAGUAAUUGAGGCCUAUUGUACAAGUGCCAAAACCCGACAGACUCUCAACUCAACAUGGCAGGGAACUGAUCUGAUGCAUAACCACGUGUUGGAUCAGUCAAGCAUGGAGUGUAUGGGUCGCCGCAGCAGCAUCUCUCGGCCUGAGGGCAGCUCGGACCUUUCAGAGGACUCGGACUAUGACAGUAUAUGGACGGCUCACUCUUACAGGAUGGGGCCGGUUUCCCGACAAAGGAGAGACACUGCUCCAGCCCUGAUACAUCCUGCAGAUGAAAAGAUAAUCCUGGACGAGAUAAACAAUGGGCAGAAUGUUAUGGGAGAGAAGAGUCUCGUAGAUGUUGUUUAUUCACUAAGAGACGAAGUCCAAGAACUUAAACAGGAUGGUAAGAAAAUGAAACGAUCUCUGGAGGAGGAGCAGCGAGCUCGUAAAGAUCUGGAGAGAGUUAUACGGAAGGUUCUAAAGAAUAUGAAUGACCCAUCAUGGGAUGAGACCAAUUUGUGAGAUGAUAAGAAAGCAUUUUACAGAUUUGGUAGCAUUUGUGAGGAUUUUAACUUGAAUAUUUUCCAUGGAUUUAGACCCAGUUUCACUCUUGGCUCAUUAUCUUGCAGUUAGUGCUCAUUCAGCUUACUCUCUGAAUUCAACAUGCAGAUGCACACAUUAAAUGGCUAGAUGUUUGUAAAAACCUGACUAUCAUGUCAGUAUGUGACUAGUAUGUGCUUUUUGAACUUUCCAUCCAAAUUUAGUCCUGCUUGGUGUUAUUGCCUCCAAUCUUCUGGGAAGACUUCCGACAGAAGUUUAAAGCAUGGCUCUGGGGAUUUGCUCUUUCAGCUACAAGAGCAUUAGUCAGGUCUGAUACUGAUGUCAGGUGAGGAGGCCUAAGGCUCAAUCAUGCCAGUUCAUCACAAAGGUCUUCACUGAGGUUGAGGUAUGGGUUCUGUGGAGGACAAUGAAAUUUUUUCAUGCCAACUUGUAAAAACUAUGUCUUCAUGAAGCUUACUUUAUUCACACGGGCAUUGCUAUGUUGAAACAGGUUUGGGGGUCUUACUUCCAGUGAGGGUAAAAUGAAAUGCUACAGCAUACAAAGACCUUCUAUACAUUUGUGUCCUUUCAGUUUUAUGGUAAAGAUAUGAGGAAGAACUGCCCAUGAGUCUGAUGUAUUUGUGGUCUCUAAAAUAAAAAUUAAAGUCACAAAUACUAUGUAAAAUGUAUCCCAAAUAAGUCGGGGGCUGACCAUGCCCAUUGUAUGCAUUAUUUAUUUAUAACCAAUUAGAGCUAAUACUUAAUUUAAUUACCACUGGUCAUUUGUAAUAGGUUUAAAACUAGUUAUUGACCAGUUGUUGGCAGAGUUGCUCAUUAACAUUUAACUUGAAUAACACACACAAGGUAAAUUGACUAGUUUUUGACUAGUAGUUAUCUUCAUUCAUGUCAGCUACAACAAUACUGAGGCAGGAAACCUUACUGAAAAUAGUAUAUUACUGCUGUGUGAUGUUUUAACUCUAAACUUGUCUUUAGAGACACUUUGUAAUUUAUAAAUACUACAGAGCUAUGGUACUUGUUCCAGUGGUCUGGCUUGUUGUUCAUCUUGAUUUAAAAGUGACCUGGAACUAAUAUAUAAUGACUAAUUCAGCAUGGUUUCAACAUAUUUUACUGUAUAAUAAAUACAAAUCAACUUUUAAAAGCUAUAAUGCAUGAUAUGUUAGAUUUCUCUACCAAGUAAAUUGAGGUUCUUUUAUUAUUAUUAUUAUUAUUAUUAUUCAUAAUAAUAAUAAUAAUAAUAAUAAGUGUAGCAGCAAUGGCAGCCACUGUAUUAUAUGAAACUAUUACUUUAUGGACUGAUCUUUCUGUCCAUCCACACUGAGAAAAAAUUACAUUCAACAAAACCCUUUCAGUGUAUUCCCUAAUGACCCGUAACUAGCACAUUCCCUUUGUCUUUGUAAAUUCUGUAAAUAAAGAAGUUUUCUUAA